GUGUGUAACCUCACAAAGACUCCGACGGCGGGCGGGUUUUGGGUUUUUACCCCCGCUGCCGGUUUCCCCAUCCCGCGAGUCUCCUUCCUCAAUUAUGCUAAUGAUAUUUUUCUCCCUGUAUUAAAGCUCGAGCGGAAUUAGAUCUUUGGCCCCUCGUGCUUUGCUUUCAAAGCUACGACGUCCCUCUCGCUCUCUCUUUCCUGGUUUCUUUCUAGCCCUCGCUAUUGGAUGGGUCGGGACACCUGGGGAUGAGGUUUGGGCUUAGGUGAGGAGGGGAUAUUAUUAUGCCGUUCCACAACCACCUGUCGCACGAGAUGGUGCUGCCACCGUACGCGGAGCAGCAGCUGGGGGAGAGUCCGGCGGUGCUCAGAACCAUGGCGCCGGGCUCCGACGAGGCCGUCGGGAAGGUGGCCGGCGGAGGAGGGGGAGGACCUUCGUGGCUCAGCAACGCCGUCCUCCGGCAGCAGGGACAGCACUACGGCGCCGACGGGAGCUUCCUUCACCUUCAGACCGCCUCCGACUCGUCCGCCUCCCCGGCGGCCGUCGCUCAGUGGCUCCAGCGGCCGCAGAUGCGCGGCACCGACGAGGAAAACACUGUGUCCGGCGAGUCCAUGAUCGCGGCGGCGAUGUCACACGGUGGUAGAGGAGGAGGAGGGGGAGGAAGGUCGAGUGGCCACGGCGGCGGAGCGGCGGAGGAGGAGGUGGCGGCGCUGGGGGAGGGGACGUGGCAGAACGCGAGGUACAAGGCGGAGAUACUGGCGCAUCCGCUGUACGAGCAGCUGCUAGCGGCGCACGUGGCGUGCCUGAGGAUCGCGACGCCGGUGGACCAGCUGCCCCGGAUCGACGCGCAGCUCGCCCAGUCCCAGCACGUCGUCGCCAAGUACUCCGUGCUCGGCGCUGCCGCCAACCCCGACGACAAGGAGCUGAGCCAGUUCAUGACGCACUAUGUCUUGUUACUCUGUUCCUUCAAAGAGCAACUACAACAGCAUGUUCGUGUUCAUGCGAUGGAGGCAGUGAUGGCCUGCUGGGAGCUCGAGCAAUCUCUACAGAGCCUGACAGGUGUCUCUCCUGGUGGAGGUACAGGCGCAACCAUGUCCGACGAUGAUGAUGACCAGGCAGACAGCGACACCAACUUGUUUGAUGGAAGCUUGGAUGGGUCUGAUAGCAUGGGGUUUGGUCCUCUUGUUCCUACCGAGAGCGAGCGGUCAUUGAUGGAGCGCGUCAGGCAAGAGCUGAAGAAUGAGUUGCAGCAGGGUUACAAAAAUAAGAUUGUAGACAUUCGAGAAGAGAUCCUACGUAAGCGAAGAGCUGGAAAACUCCCUGGAGGCACCACUUCUCUUUUGAAGGCUUGGUGGCAGUCUCACUCCAAGUGGCCCUACCCAACAGAAGAUGACAAGGCACGACUGGUGCAGGAAACAGGUCUGCAACUGAAACAGAUCAAUAACUGGUUCAUCAACCAAAGGAAGAGGAACUGGCACACCAAUCCCUCAUCCACCACUGCAAUGAAGAGUAAACGCAAAAGUAAUGCAGGCGACAACAAUGCCGAACACUUCACGUAAGAUGAUGAUCGUAGAAGUUAGCAGCCCCAGAACUGUUUACCGCAGCAAAGUAAAUGUAAGCACAGCAGAUAUCAAAGACAGGCUGCACGACAAUCUGGAGAGACCGUCGCAUGUAAACUACUCCAUGGUUUCUAAGGAAAGCUAGUGCCAUGUUGGGAGAAAUCAUCACAGUUCUGCAAGCACUCGGUAUCCUUAUAUACAGCAGUUUUAUAGGCAUGUAGCCAUACCAUUGCAUGAAAUGGCAACGUCCUCCAUUGGCAGAUUCAGCUCCUGUUUGCGUAUCUUUGAAUAAGGAGGUGUUCGUGUGCAGUAUAAUUAUUUUUCAGUGCUUCUUAAUGCUUUGAACCAUGGUGAGUUUAUCGUGUUUUUGCAUGUCAAUGAACUAUUGGUUGAAGAAAGUAGGAUAUGGAUGCUAUGUUUCCGGAUUUUAAAUUCGCACAGAGUUCUCUUGUUCUACUUG